CGCCGCACGAAAGGCACAAGGGAACCGGAUUCUGAGAGGGAGAGGGAGGUUAACCGGUCCAAGAAGGUGGGCAUGGAGGCGGUGGAGUCGUCGGCGGUGGUGAGCUGCGAGUGCUGCGGCCUGGAGGAGGAGUGCACCGGCGAGUACAUCUGCGGCGUGAGGGCCUACUUCGGGGGCCGGUGGCUGUGCGGGCUGUGCUCCGAGUCCGUCAAGUACGAGGCCGGCCGCAGCAAGCAGCGCGCGGCCAUGGGCGUGGAGGAGGCCGUGCGGGCGCACAUGGCCUUCUGCCGCAUGCUCAGGCGCGGCGGCCCCGCCGAGCGCGUCGCCGAGGGUAUGUGCCAGAUGCUCAGGCGCACCGCGUCCGGGAAGCACCGGGCCACCUUGUCGUCCUCGUCGCGGCGGACAGCGCCGGCGCCGGCGUCGUCGUCGUCCGGGCACCACCGCGCCUCGGUGUCGCCGCUGUCCAUCGGUCUCUGAAUCUUUCGUCGAUCCUUUGCCCAAGAAGGACGCUCGUACGUACGUACGUACGGCACGGCGGCGAGCGGCCGUGCGCCUGAGUUGAGUUGAUGCCUGGCUCUUUCGUGUGACGAGGUGCAUGCAUGCUUCGGAAGUAGGUCUUCCUCCUCGCCUCAGAGCACAAGCUAGCUAGCUAUAUACAGUAUAUUUUGUUGAUCAGAUUCCGAAAACUGCACACAAGUGUUGGAGUUCAUUGAUAUAUCUUUUAUGUGUAAGCUUUGAUCGAUUGAUCCAAUGCAACUUAAUUACGAUCCGA